GAUCCACGCCAAGUCUCCGCGAUAAUAUGUCCUUAUCAUCACUCGAUGCAUCGUGACGCAGUUCUUUGACAACACGCUUCUGACUCGACAUCUUAAAUUCAAGGGACACGAGAAAAAUGAACAGUUAUGAGAAGAAUUAUGAAAACUGACCUUUUGCUGCUGAUCCUGUUUUUCAGUGUGUUGAUCAACUGCUUCUUUUUCUACCUCUUCCUAAAAAGACCGAAACACCUACUUCCGGUUCAAACUGAGGAGAACCGGUUAUGUGCUUACUUCCGGGGAGGCUUGGGUAACAAUAUGUUUCAAUAUGCCUCAACUUAUGGGAUAGCCCGGGCCAGAAACAUGACUAUAGGAAUAACGCCUACAUCCUUAAUGUUUAAUACUUUCAAUAUUUCUACCAGAUUCUUAAUCGGCAAACAGUUUUGUGACACUGCAGAAAAGGUUGUAGAGAGGAAACCGUGUGCAUAUGAUAAAGGUUCCGUCCAUUUUUAUAGGAAAAACAAUCUGAACUACAUUCAUAAAUCCUAUCUACAGUCUUGGAAAUACUUUCAGGAUGUGGAGAGUGAGAUUAGGGAACAAUUUGUAUUUAUGGAGGAUGUUCAGCAUAAAGCACGGACGCUUAUAGAGACACUGACGAAACCCUUCUCUAGUAACAACCUAACGAUAGUGGGCGUCCAUAUACGAAGGGGUGAUUAUAAACUUGAUAAAAAUGUCAAAUAUGGAUAUACUUUAGCCACAGGGGAAUAUCUCGGUAGAUCUUUGAAAUAUUUUAGAGAUAGAUACCACCCAUUGGUGUUCAUCGUUUUUACAAAUCCGAAUGUGGAGGAUCUCAAGUGGUGCAAAUAUCACAUAAACGGAAGUGACGUAGUCUUCGCGCCUGAAAGCCCGCGGGAAGUCGACAUGUGCGCCAUCUCGAUGUGCAAUCACACAGUUAUGACUGUUGGAUCGUUUGGUUGGUGGGGGGGUUUUCUGGCCAAUGGCACAACUAUCUACUUCAAAAAUGUAGCUAGAAACGACAGUAGUCUCCGGAAAGACUUUAGUUCCGAUAUGUCUGAUUAUUUCUAUCCCGGGUGGAUUGGCCUGGAGUGAUAGAACCACUGACUUAUAUUCAACUUGUGUUCCAUUAUAUUUCUUAGCAACACUUUUAGAUAUAAUUGAUUAAUAUUUAA